AUGCUACAAUGGGUCUGUAGGAAGGCCAGAAAAUUGGAGUUUGGCGUUGUAAUUGAAAAUUCUGACAAUGGUUCGGAUAGAAGACAAGUAUUUCUAACAACGAUAUGCGAAAGAAGUGACACGUACCGAUCAAAGAUUAGAAAAUUAAAACGAAAUAACACUAGAUCGAGGAAAUGUGAGUGUCCGUUUAAAUUGCACGGAUAUCGUAUGGCGUAUAAGACAUGGAAAUUUAAUGUGAUUUUUGGUAUACAUAAUCGUUCCUUGAAUGACAAGCAAGCAGGUCAGUGCAUUGUAUGUCGUCUUGUUUUGGAGGAGAGGGAACUUGUUUCGGACAUGGCAUUAAACAUGGUGGCGCCGAAAAACAUACUCACAUCUUUGAAACAGGAAAGACCUCUAAAUGUUUCAAAUAUCAAGAAAAUAUACAAUGUGCGUGCUCGAGACAACAAGACAGUAAGAGGACCAAGAUCUGAGAUACAACAACUCUUGAAGCUUUUGGAUGAUGAUUAUUAUGUUUCUAGGUACAGAGUUUGUGAGGAUAAAGUCAUCGUUCGAGAUAUAUUUUGGAUUCAUUCUAAUUCCCUCGAGUUGCUCAACACCUUGCCCUUUAUACUCAUAAUUGACUCAACAUACAAAAAAUAA